AUGGAAUGUGCAUAUAAUUUUAAAGCGGAAGAUGUUUUAAUGCAUUUUGGGGUAAAUGAAUCUCAAGGACUAUCUUCAAAAGAAGUUUUUCUUACCCGUCAAAAAUAUGGAAAAAAUGAAUUAGAGAAAGAUGGUGGCAGGAAAUUGUGGGUUUUAAUUAUGGAACAAUUCAAAGAUAAACUUGUAAUUGUUUUACUUAUAUCUGCAAUAAUAUCUUUUAUUUUAGCAUUUUUUGGGAGUGACAAAAACAAUACAGAUUUUAUGGAUCCAUUCGUCAUUCUCGCUAUCUUAAUUAUAAAUGCAAUUAUUGGUAUAUCACAAGAAACCAAUGCAGAAAAAGCAAUUGCAGCAUUGCAAAAAUAUUCACCAAACGAAGCAAAAGUUAUUAGAAAUGGAAAAAUAUCUCGUAUUCAUGCAAGAGAUCUUGUUCCUGGGGAUAUUAUAGAUGUUUCUAUUGGCGAUAGAAUUCCUGCAGAUUGUCGUUUACUCAAAAUUAAAAGCAAUAAUUUUCGUGUUGAACAGUCUAUCCUUACUGGUGAAUCUGAGAGUGUAGAGAAAUGCACGGAUAAAAUUCAUAUUCAUAACCCUACUAAGCAGGAUCAAACUAAUAUGCUUUUUGGAGGAACAACAGUGACUACGGGCCAUGCGCGUGCUAUUGUUGUUUUAACAGGGAAAUCUACAGCUAUUGGUGAUAUUUGUCAAAAUAUAACGUCACAAAUAUCAGAAUUAACACCCCUAAAAUAUAAAUUAAAUAAUUUCGGAGAUAUUCUUGCAAAAGUUAUUUCUUUAAUUUGUGUUUUAAUUUGGAUUAUUAAUAUUAAAAAUUUCAAUGAUCCUCUACAUCAAGGAUUUUUAAAAGGAGCCAUUUAUUAUUUUAAGACAUCAGUAGCACUAGCAGUAGCGGCAAUUCCAGAAGGUUUAUCUGUUGUAAUUACUAUAUGUCUUGCACUAGGGACUCGAAAAAUAGCAGAAAAAAAUGCAAUUGUUCGUAACCUUUCAAGUGUUGAAACAUUAGGUAGUACGAGUGUUAUUUGUUCAGACAAAACAGGAACAUUAACCACAAAUAUUAUGUGUGUCUCUAAAAUUAUUAUUUUAGAGCAGGAUGAAUCACUUUUAGAAUUUAAUGUUGAAGGAACCAACUUCAAUCCAUUUGGAAAUAUUUAUUUAAACGAUGGAACUAUAAUGAAAUCUCCAGCUUUUAUUUAUAAAAGCAUUAAGUAUCUUGCUGAGAUAUGUUCUGUCUGUAAUGAUGCAAAAAUAAUAUUUGAUUCAAACUUAAAUACUUAUACUAGAAUCGGAGAACCUACUGAGGCAGCUUUAAAAAGUCUGGUUGAAAAGUUAGGAACUGAUAUUGAAGAUAUCAAACCUAAACAUAAUUUGUCUUAUAAUGAUAGUGCUAACUCGUGUAAUAUUUAUUACAAUACUUUAUCACCACGUCUUAAAACUUUUGAAUUUUCAAGAGAUCGUAAAAGCAUGUCUGUUGUUGUAGGAAACAUAGAAUCACCUCGUCUACUUGUCAAAGGUGCUCCUGAAACAAUUUUGGAGCGCUGUAGUUAUACUAUAAUCGGAAAAUCAGGACAAAAAAUAAUACUAACAACAAAUAUUUUAUCUAAAAUUAACAAAAAAAUAGCAGAAUAUGGUCUAAAAGGACUAAGAAUUAUGGCAUUUGCUCAAGUAGACUCAAAAGAUUUUAAAGCACAUCCUUUUCACACGAAAGUAAGCAAUAAUUAUGAGGAUUAUGAACAAAACAUGACGUUUGUUGGGUUAGUAGCAAUGUUAGAUCCUCCAAGACCAGAAGUGGCGAAUUCAAUUGCAAAAUGUCGAAGUGCUGGUAUACGAGUCAUUUGUAUAACUGGUGACAAUAAAAAAACAGCGGAAACUAUUUGUAGACAAAUCGGUAUUUUUAAAAAAAAUGAGAAUUUAGAAGGAAAAAGUUAUACUGGCCAAGAAUUUGAUAAUUUAUCCCCUGCUCAGCAAUUAGAAGCAGUUAAGCGUGCCAAUCUUUUUUCACGCACUGAACCAGCUCAUAAAGUGCAAUUAGUAAAGUUACUUCAGCAAACGGGCGAAGUUGUAGCUAUGACUGGUGAUGGAGUAAAUGAUGCACCAGCAUUAAAAAAAGCAGAUAUUGGUAUUGCUAUGGGUUCUGGAACGGACGUUGCUAAACUUACUGCUGAUAUGAUUCUUAUCGAUGAUAACUUCUCAACUAUCGAGCAUGCUAUUGAAGAAGGAAGAGCAAUCUACAGUAACACACAGCAGUUUAUUCGAUAUCUUAUUUCUUCAAAUAUUGGAGAAGUAAUAUCUAUUUUUUUGACGGUUUUAUUGGGCAUUCCAGAAGUACUAAAGCCUGUUCAAUUGCUCUGGGUAAACUUAAUAACAGAUGGCUUGCCUGCUACUGCAUUAUCAUUUAAUCCCAUAGGAUACAAUUUAAUGAAAAGACCGCCUAAAGAUAAAAAUGAGCCUAUAGUAAACCUAUGGCUUUUCAUUAGAUAUUGUAUAACUGGCGGAUAUAUUGGAGCUAGUACGAUAUUUGGUUAUAUUUGGUGGUUCGUAUAUUAUUUUAAAGGCCCUAGAAUUACUUUUAAAGAAUUGUCUCGUUUUCAUCGUUGUUCUGAUACUAAUCCUUGCUAUUGGUUUAAUAAUUAUACAUCAUCUAAAGCAUCUACAAUAUCUUUAUCAAUACUUGUUGUUAUCGAAAUGAUGAAUGCAACAAAUUCUCUAUCACAAACAGAAAGUUUAUUGUCACUUCCUCUAUGGACUAAUAUAAAACUUGUAUAUGCUAUAAUCUUGUCUUUACUUUUACAUUUAGCAGUUCUCUAUGUGCCUUAUUUACAAAAAAUAUUCUCAACUAUACCUUUAAAUUGGAUAGAAUGGAAAAUGGUAACUUUUAUUAGUUUACCAAUAAUAUUUAUUGACGAAAUUCUUAAAUUUGCUGAAAGAAUAUAUAUUAAGGAUUUUUCAAACAAUAAAAAAAAUCAAAAAUAUCAUUAA